AUGGAGAGCCAUCAGCGCACCGGCGGGCAGAGGUACACCCCACCAGAGGACAGUGCAGCCGGGGGGCAAAGCCCACCACUAGCAGUGGGUUCUCAGGUCCAGGACACGUACCCACCCCCUACAGAGGGCAGGCCAUAUCCAAACCMAGGAGGCAAGCCCAUUCAUUCUGGGGUGUGGAAGAGCAGACRGCCAAGGCCCGGCCUGGGCUGCACCAGGCCAGCUGGCUGGCCCCUGCCACAGCAAAACAACACCCCUGACCACCCCCACACACCACCAACGGCCAAGUGUACACCCCCAGCCGACCACCAGCCAGGCCCCGGCAGCCACCCCAGCCAGCGGGCCAACCAUGGCAACCAGGGACCACAAUCCGAGAGUCCAAACAACCCUGGGGAAGACAGACCGCCAGGCCCCUGGCUCUCCCCCCAGACCCCAGAGUCCAACCAUAGCCCAGGCCCCCACCAGACGGUCCGUCCCUUCUCUGACCCCCCACCCCCACCCCCACCCCCAAAUGGCAAUCGCAGAGCAGGACCGACCACCAGGCCCAGGGAGCCCCAGGCCAUGGACAAAAACAGAGCCCAGGGGAACAACAGAGAAGGGGACCAACAAUCCAUCCACCCCAGAGCCAUCCAGACCCGCAAGACCAGACCCCCAGUCCCACAGCCAGCUCGCAACCAAAAGAGGCCACCAAACCCCAGCAAGGAAGCCCUGCACCCAGUCACCAMCGCCCCCCAGCCCACCAGUGCACCGAAGGCUCCCAGCCCAGAGCCGGGCACCAGGGCACAAACUGGUCCAGAGCCCGGCAACCGCCAGCCAGGGCCCAAGCCCCCCAGGUCCCACCAGGACCGCAGCCCAUGGGUGUCACGACCCCAGAUGCCAGAUGCAUGUGUGACAGACAGAGGAUGA